GUUCUAUGCGCAUGAUUUCCCCAGUGGCUUUAAUUAAUUAUUUAAUUAAAGUCGAGAAUGUCCGGCACAAGAUAUUAAACACCAUACAUGUGCACAUCCCACAUUCAAAACUUUAAAAAUAAUAACUUAACCUAUCAAAAUUUGUCAAAGUCAUUGCAAAUAAAUGUAUUGCGGUAAUAAUAUCUACGAACCAAAAAAAAAGAAAUUCUGCAAUUGAGAGCAAAAUCAGCUUUUUCCGAGGAAAUUCGAAAGGUAGGCGUGUACCCAGACAACAAUUUCCGCGUUUGCACAAUUCCGGCGAGACGCUCCGCCAUCGAAUCGGAUCUCCAGGUGACGGCGGCGUUCGGCGGUUACUAAUCUCAUCGUCACACCGUCGCCACCCCAUCGGUGUUUCGUGGAAACCUAGUGCAAAGCAUCCACUCCACGCUACGAUCCAAUAAUGAUGCAAUCAUCCGAGCAACACGCCCACUUCCAUGCGAUUUCCAUCAGCAUCAAGCCCCUAACUUAUUGGUCCUAACACGACCCUAGCACAAACUACAGACAGAAAUAAAAACAAAUUUUCAUUACGAAAAAAAGCCGUCUCUGACUUGACUUAUCAAAAAACUUAAACAGAAGGCCACGAGAAACAAAUGCAAAAUAAAUAAAACGAAACACUGUUCAGUUCAGUGUGGUUCGUCAGGUCAAAAGGGUCAAAAGACUGAUUUCCUACCACUUUGAAGAUGUCUGGAAGAGGCAAGGGAGGCAAGACGAGGGCGGUUUCAAAGUCGCGGUCUAUUCGCGCCGGGCUGCAGUUCCCCGUGGGACGCAUUCAUCGUCUGCUGCGUAAGGGCAACUACGCGGAGCGCAUUGGAGCCGGCGCACCUGUUUACCUUGCGGCGGUCAUCGAGUACCUGACUGCUGAGAUCCUCGAGCUGGCCGGCAACGCUGCCCGUGACAACAAGAAGACUCGUAUCAUUCCACGCCACCUUCUAUUAGCAAUCCGCAAUGACGAAGAGCUAAGUAGUCUUAUGUCAUGUGUGACUAUUGCUCAAGGUGGUGUCUUGCCCAAUAUCCAAUCGAUUCUACUACCGAAGAAGUCUGAACGGAAAUCAACCAGCGAACAAAUUUGAAUAAUGUGAGGUGUGAAUUGAUUUUCGUGUUUACUUUUGUUGUGAAUAAAAGAUUUGCACCCCUAGAGCGUGGGAUAAUCGCGA